AUGUAUCGUUCUCCUUUUUAUUUCUACGGAUACGCAUGGAUUAUUGUGGAUAAAUGUGUCGAUCUGACUGACAGUCAUAACUUUCUUGCGCGGCAUGUUCUUUACAAAUCAACUCGAAAGAAACGAAAUGAGGCACAUGUUCUAGCUUUUCAGGUACAACGAAAGGUUAUUAUGGAAUAA